AUGGAAAAGUGUGAUAUUGCUAUUGCGAAAUGGAUGGUGGAUGCCUCUGUUCCAUUUAAUGCGGUUAAUUUAGCUUACUAUCAGCCAAUGAUUGAUGCUAUUGCAAGCAUGGGUGCAGGGUAUAAAGGGCCAAGUUAUCCAAGAGUCAGUGGGUAUUUGUUGAGUAAAUUAGUUGAGGAUGUGAGGAAGAUGAUUGAUGGUUAUCGUGAGAUUUGGAAGCAAACUGGAUGCACUAUUAUGGCCGAUGGAUGGACUGAUCGUUGUAGGCGUACUUUGAUUAAUUUUUUAGAUGUUGUAUUGUUUGUUGGUCCUGAGAAUGUUGUGCAUAUUGUAACGGACAAUGCUGCAAACUAUGUUGCUGUGGGAAGAUUGUUGGAGGCUGAGUUUCCUAAAUUGUAUUGGUCCCCUUGUGCAGCUCAUUGUGAUAAUCUGAUGUUUCAAGAUAUUGGGAAGUUGCAAGAAGUGAGUCAAACUAUGUCACAAGCUUCACUGAUCACUAAGUAUAUCUAUAAUCAUUGCUAUCCACUAUUCUUGAUGAGAAAGUUUACAGGUGGGCGGGAAAUACUUCGUCCAGCUCCAACUCGGUUUGCUACUAAUUUCAUUGCUUUGCAAAGUAUUUUAGCUCAAAAGGAUCCUUUAAGAGCUAUGGUGACUUCUAAAGAAUUUACAAGCUCAACUUACUCCAAAGAAGCCAUAGCUAAGAAAUUUGUGGAUCAAGUCUUGGAUUCUAAAUUUUGGAGUCAAUGCACUGAUAUUGUUAAGCUUACUUCGCCACUUGUUCAUGUUUUACGUAUUGUGGAUAGUGAAGACAGACCUGCCAUGGGUUAUCUUUAUCAAGCUAUUUAUAAGGCUAGAGAAGAAAUGGUGAGGAGGUUUCAGAAAAGAAAGAAGGUUGUUGAUCCUUAUCUGAAGAUUUUGGAUACCUGUUGGGAUGCACAACUUAAGAGAAAUCUUCAUGCCGCUGGUUAUUGGUUAAAUCCAGCUUUUCGAUUUAAUGCUGGAGAAUUUGAAAAUCACAAAGAAACGAUUUCUGGCUUGUUGGAUGUCAUUGAGAAAUAUGCUUAUGAUGAUCUUGUAUUGAAUUCUAAGCUGACAAGUGAGAAGAGGAUCUUUAAGAAUGCUGAGAAAGAUUUUGGAAGACCCUCUGCAAUACAUGAACGAACCACUGUUAUGCCAGGUUGUGAGCGUAACUGGAGUAUUUUUGAACACAUUCACUCAAAGAAGAGGAAUCGGUUAGAGCAUCAAAAACUUAAUGAUCUUGUUUAUGUUCAUUAUAACUUAAGGUUACAACAAAGGAACCAAAUGAGAAACCAAGUUUAUGAUCCAAUUUGUCUUGAUGCAUUUGAGGAUCAUUCGGAAUGGAUACUGGAAGAUUCACCACCAUUUUUAACUCCUGAAGAAAUUGAUGCUUUACGAAAUGAUCUUGCAAAUAUGUCUCUUCAAUCACCUUUAGAUGAUUUAGAUCAAUUGGAUUUGAAAGAUGAUCGGGAGGAUGAUGGAGCUAAUAAUUCUGUGGAAAAUGAAAAUCAAAAUGAAACCAAUCAGGAUGAAGCUCCACAUUUGUCUGAUGAAGAGCAACUUGCCGACUUCGAAAUCACUCCUUGGAUUUAG